UACAUCAGAUUUGACCAAUCAGAGCGAAGACCGGGCAGUUUGAUUCCAAGAUGGCGUCGGUUGGCAGGAAAGAUUCGGGAAUUUUCAGCAAAAAGAAUACACCUGAGAAAGGCAAGGCAACUAGUAGAAGGUUAGCAUCAACCAUCAUGGAAACUGAUGACGGCAAAGCUUCAGAUGAAAUGGAGCAAGACCAGAGAGAGAACGUGGUCACUCGUGGAAAGCUCAACAAGUCCAGCAACAACAAGAUGACCGAGCUGAAAAACAAAAUGAAGAAGAAAAUCAAAGAGAAGAAGUUGGAAAUCUCAGAUCCCAGGUCCCGGGUUUACAGUGGAAAUUCAUCCUUUGUCAGAAAGAAACUAUCCUCCUUGAAAGUCAACAACAGGGAGCUGGCUAGCACUCUGGCAGCUGCCAGACAGAGUGUCGGCAAACUUUCGAAGCGGAACUUGAGCUUACAGCAGGAGAACAUGGCCAUGGCUGAACGAGUCGUCAACUUACAGGGGAGGGUACGGGAACUCCAGGCUGCACUCAGGUGUAAAAAGGACAAUGAACAGGAGUACAAGAAGAAAAUGUCGGAUGUCCAGAGUGUGCUACAGAAGGUGAGCAGCAGCCUGCUGGGGACGGUGGAGCACAUCGGGUCAGCCAUGGAGGUGUGUCACCCCGCGCUACGGGACAGCGGCUGGAGAAUGUCCUCCCUCUCCGCUCAUGUGUCCGUCUCCGACAACUCCGAUGGAGCCCUGCCGCCACGUUCAAGACCCAGUGUUCUAGGAGCGCCCACUCGUGUUCCCCUCCCAGCCAGCCAGAGACAGAGCCUGGCACCCCCUGGAAGUAGAGCAGCGAGGCGUUCAGUGUCAGUCCCCCCACCCCCUCCUCCGCAGGAACCCCAGGAGUCCUCAGUAGCCCAGGCUGGUCCGAGAGACAGCAUCGCUGCUUUGCAGACUGCUUCGAUCCUGUUUACUGAUGAGAGCAGGGAGAGUGUCAGUGUUACUGCUCAUCACACAGACACCUCUGAUAAACCACAGGAGUCUUCUAGUCUGGAUACAACAGAACAAGAACAUAAGAAGGAUGACAAGAGAAGAACUUACACACAAGCCCCAAAUACCUCCAGACCAUAUGCAGUACCAGUAACAGAAGAUAGGAGGCGUAGCACAUUGAAUAUGCCUCCCCCAGUUAACAUACCCAGCAAAAGUACCUCAGGGCAAAACAGACGUGGAACAUACAGUGUUCCUACUCCUGUACCUGUUUCCACUGUUGUGCAUACCUUACCCUGUGAUUCAAGAAGGGGUACAUAUACAGUCCCUACAACUUUGGAAGUCCUCCCAGAAGGACCUGAGAAACGCUUGAGUCUGAUGGACCUGGUGGCAGAGCACAAAUGGAAAUCCCAGGAUGCAGCUGGACAUGGAAGCUGUCCUUCCAAUGAGUCUAGCACAAGAAGCGAGCUGCCAGCAGAAGCUGAGGCAACAAUCUAUAGUGAGGAGGACAUGGACCUGACCACAGUGCCUGCUACUGUCAUCAGUACUGAGGAGACUGAACAGGCCACAGAAGAUGCCUCUAAAGCGCCAAAUGCCAAAAGGCCAGGUGUUGACAAGGAUGCAGAAAGAAGUGCAGCAUCAAAGAAAGGAAAAACAAGCCAAAAGGAUUUGAACCAGUCUGGCUGCAAACCUGUAAGAAGACUGAAGAAAAAGAAAGCCAGUAAGCUGCCAACGUUCAGCAAGUCAGCAAAAUCCACUGCAGAAAGAAGGGAGGAAGUUGAAAAGGAUGGACACGACAUUGUGAAGGAAGCAAGGAAGAUUCAGGAAGUCCCAUCGCAGGAGGUAGUAGAGAGUCCCUCCGAAAAUGUAGAACCUUCUCAGGAAAUGCAGGAGAGUUUGUCUGUGUUUGAUCUCUCCUCUGGUGACAUGUUCAGUGAUCCAUCCCCACUCACACUCAAACCUGUCAUGUCCCGGGAGCACGCAUCAGAAGAUGAUGACCAUCAGCAGUCACACUCACAACGAGGAAGGCCCAAAAAGCUUGCAAAGCUUAAACAAAAACAGGGCAACAAAACUUCAAAUAAGAAAAGGCAAAAUGUCAUUGUGUGUGAGUCCUCUGAUGAGGAAGACAACGAAGAAGAAAAUAACACAAGAAGAGGGAAGACAUCAAAGAAACAUAGAGAUGUUGCUUCAAUCCCAGAAAGCCCAAGGCAAAGUGAUGAAGGACAGAUAGCUAGACCUAGAAGAAGGACGACAGCUGCUGUGAAGUAUUUUUCAAGUGACUCAGAAUCAGAGGAUGAUUGCUGGCAAAAUAGGAAGUCCAAGCCUACCAAAAGGAAUAGUAGCAACUAUUCCAUCUCUGAAGAGGAGGAGAAUACAGGCACUCAAAUGCCCCUGCGACAGACACCCCAGAGGUUACUUCGAAGUGCCGAGAAGGGCCCUCUGUCAGGCAGAAAGGGGAAGGUGUUCCAAGAUUCGUCGGACAAUGAUACGACAACUCCGAAUGUGGAACAGGCUUUAUCCAAGAGACGGGCUUUCCAAGAUGUGGGCAACACUCCACAGGGACACCGCAGUGACACAACGGGCACCAAAACCAAGGUCACUCCUCAGAUGAACCCCAAGAAUCAGAAAAAGAGACCAUUUUCCUCCGUAGGAAGUUGUGAGGAUGCUCAUGAUCAGGAUGUACAGCAGAGUCACAGCAAGCAGAACGAAAAUGGUGAAGAUGAGUCAGCUGGAGGGCCGAAGAGAGUGCGGAGGUCUCGACAACAAGUCAGCUACAAAGAGCCCACUCUCAACUCUAAGCUGAGGCGGGGAGACCCCAUGACUAUGAAGUUUGGAGACUGGUCACCUCAGUACCACAAGCAUAAGACAGGGAAAAAAAUCAACAAAUGAUGAGGAUAUGCCCCUGCUUGUUCUCUGUCAUCAAGACAUACCAAUGCUACGUGGAGUUUCCUGGUGAUUUCCAACCUGCCGUAUUUGUGACCUGAGUUGUUUCAAAAUGUUGCACUGUUGUUGUGAUGUUUGUUAUCAGCACUUAAUCUUUCACCGCUGUUGGUACUCUAGGCCAAAUGUUUUCAUACAUGUAAAAAGAUAAAUGUACAACAUUGCAUCUCCAUUUUCUUA